AUGCCAGAACCUUUAUAUGAACUGAAAAGCCCUCGACAAUUUUCAGAGGGAGGAUCCGUUCAUAUUCCCAUUGUUCCCAUUGAUAAUAUUGUUAGUUAUAUUACGAAUAGCAUGCCACCACUUCAACAACAGCAACCAACAAUCGCCACCACUACUACAACAACAGUCACUACUACUACUACUACACCACAACAAGCACACCACCAGGAGGAUGAGCUAGAAACUAGGAAAACACUUUCAUCAGUAGUAACUUCUACAUCAAUUUUGAAUAGCUCUGUUUUUAGUACUUCAAUAGUGGGUUUAUUAGAGAGAAUUCCUCUGAUGGUCAAACUUAUUCUAAUUGUUGUUUUUGCUAUUCUUUCAUUAUUUGUAUUUGGUUCAUUACUAAUUGUCAAAUCCGUACAACAAAUACAAUCAGCUUACCAAAUUCAAAGCUUAUCGGAAUUGUCGGUCUUACUAGCUGAUGUUACUCAUCGAACACAAAUUGAGAGAGGCUCAUCAUCUUUAUACAUGGGCUCUGGAGGUAAAUCAUUUGUUCUUGAAUUGCCUCAGUACAGAAAUGAUACUGAUAAUGCUAUUAAGGCCUAUCAAGCAAGAAAGGUUACCCUUCUCCAAAUAUUAGGUGAUGACUCUACGAGAAUAUACAAAAAUUCAGAUGAUAACUUGAAAGGAAUUGAUACUUAUAUUGCUGGUCUUCCUGUCUGGAGAGAAAAGAUUUGGAAAUUACAAUUCAAUGUAACAAAGGUUGCCCUAGAUUAUUAUACAAAUUGGAAUACAUUAAUGAUUGAUACUAUAUUGAUGAUUUCUGGACAAAGUACUGAUGCUACCUUUACUAAUAUACAAACGGUAUAUAACUUUUUAACUGCCAUGAAAGAGUUUAAUGGUUUGAAGAGAGCAGUAGGUUCAAACGGUCUCGCAGCUGGUCGUUUGUCCACGGCAAAUUAUAACUACUUCCUUCAAAUCCAAACACAGAGUGACCUUCUUCAACACUACUUGGAUUUAAAGAGUAAUGACCAAUUCCAUAAUGAAUUUAUCAAUAGAGUUACUUCAACUCCUGUCUAUUCACAAUGUAAAACAAUGGAAACGUAUAUUGUUAACAAUUAUCAAAGUUUGACUUUGUACAAAUCAACAGAUUGGUUUAAUAACAUGACCUUGGUGAUUAAUGCCAUGAGAGAAGUUGAAGAUGUAUUGAGAAAUACUUCUCUCGACUAUGCAAAUCAGCUGAAUAAUCAAGCUAUUGGAUCGCUUAUUGGAUUUGUGGUCGCUACAUUUUUCGUAACAUGUUUGAGUACUACUAUUGCAAUUGUGUUUUCCAAGACAAUUGUAGGUCCUUGGAAGAAGAUUCUCUCACUCCAAGAAGAUACUGUCCAUAAAUUCGUUCCUAGAGAAUUUAUGACUAUUGUAAAUAAGGACAAGGUUACUGAUCUGAGACAUGGCGACUUUUUUGAAAAGGAGUUGGAUAUUAUGUUUGUGGAUGUUAGAAACUAUACUGGUAUUAGUGAAAGUCUCACUUCCCAAAAAGUAUUCAAAUUCAUUAACAAGUAUUUGAAGGUAGUAGGUCCAAUUAUUAGAAGACACAAUGCUUAUAUUGAUAAGUAUUUGGGUGAUGGUUUUGCUGCCUUAUUCUUAGAACCAGGUCAAUCAGUUCAUGCUGCCAUUGCUAUUCAAAAUGCUCUCGAAGUAUUUAAUGAAACCCUAGGUCCUAAAUAUCCAUCCCUUGCAGUAGGAAUUGGUAUUGUGAGAGGCAGUGUUGCUGUUGGUUUGGUAGGAGAAUCUAAGAGAAUGGAUCCAACUAUUAUUGGCGAUUCUGUCAAUUUAUCUGCUAGAUUGGAAUCUUUAACAAAACAAUACGGAGCUAAAAUUCUUGUUUCAAGAAAUAUUUUGGAUACCACUCCUCAUACUGAGGAUAACUUCUUUAGAAGAAUUGGUAAAGUAGCUGUCGUUGGUAAGAAGGAAUCUGUAGAACUUAUUGAAAUUUUACCAUACGAAGAUUGUCCAAAAAGAUCAACAAAGGAUUUGUUUGAGAGUGCCACUGAUUUACUCUAUAAUCCAAAAAUGUUCAAUCCUGAGGCAUCCUAUGCUAUUUGGAAACAAAUUACUUCCAUUGAUCCAGAUGACAUGUUAGCUCAUAUGAGAUUAGAUCUUUCAGAACAACUAAUGGAAGAUUCAAGUGGAUGGGAUUUCUGUGAUAGACCAACCAAGAAAUAG